AUGAGUAAACGUUUCGUAGGAACUCGGUUGGCUAGGUUUACGGUAACCCGUGGUGGUCGCAAUACAGGAGGUGAUCGAGCCCACCAGUGCCUGAACCCAUCAACCUGCCUGCCAGCGCCUGAGACAGUGUCUGCUGUCCCAGAUAUACGCCUUCACCGUGGCUGGCCAAAGACACACGGAGGCCUGAAAAAAGAAGAGGGGUCAUCACCGCCACGGCUGCCCGGAGGGUCAUCACCGCCACGGCCGCCUGAGGGGUCAUCACCGCCACGGCGGCCCGGAGGGUCAUCACCGCCACGACCGCCCGGAGGGUCAUCACCGCCACGACCGCCCGGAGGGUCCUCACCGCCACGGCCGCCCGAGGGGUCAUCACCGCCACGGCCGCCCCGGAGGGUCCUCACCGCCACGGCCGCCCAGAGGGUCCUCAACACCACGGCCGCCCCGGAGGGUCCUCACCACCGCCACGGCUGUCCGAGGGGUCAUCACCGCCAGCGGCCGCUCCGGAGGGUCCUCACCGCCACGGCCGCCCGAGGGGUCAUCACCGCCACGGCCGCCCCGGAGGGUCCUCACCGCCACGGCUGCCCGGAGGGUCAUCACCGCCACGGCCGCCCGAGGGGUCAUCACCGCCACGACCGCCCGGAGGGUCCUCACCGCCACGGCCGCCCGAGGGGUCAUCACCGCCACGGCCGCCCCAGAGGGUCCUCACCGCCACGGCCGCCCAGAGGGUCCUCAACGCCACGGCCACCCCGGAGGGUCCUCACCUCCGCCACGGCCGUCCGAGGGGUCAUCACCGCCAGCGGCCGCUCCGGAGGGUCCUCACCGCCACGGCCGCCCGAGGGGUCAUCACCGCCACGGCCGCCCCGGAGGGUCCUCACCGCCACGGCCGCCCCGGAGGGUCCUCACCGCCACGGCCGCCCGGAGGGUCCUCACCGCCACGGCCGCCCAGAGGGUCCUCAACGCCACGGCCGCCCCGGAGGGUCCUCACCACCGCGGCCACCCGAGGGGUCCUCACCGCCACGGCUGCAGACACCGGGGAAUCUGGGUUACACAGGUGAACAGACUCAGAACUAA